UUAAGCGUGUAUACUACCACACGGUCAAACAUCGGUGCUGAGAGUAAUAUAGAUCUGGUUUUGAAUGUGGAGGAUUUUGAUAUUGAGUCCAAAUUUGAAAUGACCGUGAAUGUCUCUGUACCAAAGAAAACCCGAAAUAAUGGCACAUUAUAUGCAUAUAUAUUUCUUCAUCAUGCUGGCAUUUUGCCUUGGCAUGAUGGUAAGCAGGUGCAUAUAGUAAGCCCUCUGACCACAUACAUGGUCCCUAAACCAGAAGAGAUUAAUUUGCUCACUGGAGAAUCAGCCACGCAGCAAAUUGAAGCAGAAAGAGAGACCAGUGCUCUAGAUGAACCUGUCUCUCACUGGAGGUCAAGAUUAACCUUAAAUGUCAUGGUGGAAGAUUUUGUGUUUGAUGGAUCAUCCCUCCCUGCUGAUGUUCACCGUUACAUGAAGAUGGUUCAGUUGGGGAAGACAGUGCAUUACCUUCCAAUAUUAUUUAUUGAUCAGCUAAGCAACAGAGUGAAAGAUUUGAUGGUUAUAAAUCGUUCAACAACAGAGCUACCUCUUACAGUGUCAUAUGACAAAAUAUCUCUUGGAAAACUCCGAUUUUGGAUCCACAUGCAGGAUGCUGUGUACUCCCUCCAACAAUUUGGGUUUUCAGAAAAGGAUGCAGAUGAAGUAAAAGGAAUUUUUGUUGAUACUAACCUGUACUUUCUGGCUUUGACGUUCUUCGUGGCAGCAUUUCAUCUUCUCUUUGAUUUCCUUGCAUUCAAAAAUGACAUCAGUUUUUGGAAGAAAAAGAGGAGCAUGAUUGGGAUGUCUACAAAAGCAGUGCUUUGGCGGUGCUUUAGUACUGUGGUAAUAUUUCUUUUCCUUUUGGAUGAACAAACAAGUUUAUUGGUCCUGAUCCCAGCAGGUAUUGGUGCAGUGAUUGAGCUCUGGAAAGUGAAGAAAGCUUUGAAAAUGACAAUCAAGUGGCAAGGCUUGAGACCCAAAAUUCAGUUUGGUACAUACAAUGACUCUGAAAAGAAAACUGAGGAGUAUGAUACCCAGGCUAUGAAGUACUUAUCAUAUUUGCUCUAUCCACUGUGUAUUGGAGGUGCAGGUUACUCCUUGCUGAACGUGAAAUACAAAAGCUGGUACUCCUGGUUGAUUAACAGUUUUGUCAAUGGAGUGUAUGCUUUUGGAUUCCUGUUUAUGCUGCCCCAGCUGUUUGUAAACUACAAGAUGAAAUCUGUUGCACACCUACCAUGGAAGGCUUUCACAUAUAAAGCUUUCAACACCUUUAUUGAUGAUAUAUUUGCUUUUAUCAUCACUAUGCCAACAUCUCAUAGGCUGGCUUGCUUUAGAGAUGAUGUCGUGUUCCUGGUCUAUCUUUACCAAAGAUGGCUUUAUCCUGUGGAUAAGAGCAGAGUGAAUGAGUAUGGAGAAUCUUACGAAGAAAAGCCAAAAAGAAAAGCUCAUAGGGAAUAACUAAGAACUGAAGAAGAUUCUGACCCCUGGACUCUUACUGGCUUCAUGUAUUAUCUGAUCUUAAGGAAGGAAAAACUUAUUUAAUAAGAGUAUUUUUAAAGCUUAUGACAGAACUACAUGGACAAUACAUCUUCUAUAUUGCCGAAAUCUAGUUUUGAUAUCCUCCUAUUUCAGGACCCUUUUUUGUCCUCACAAGGUCCACAGUCUGCCAGAUGUCAUUAAAUAAACUUCCUGCAUUUAAACUUCUCUUCAGUGAAAAACCUAAAUGUCCUGACCAUUGUAAUUAAUAUCCAAAUCUAUGUUUUUAAGACAACUAAAACUGAAAGUGUGGUGCCCGUGCCACUAGGCUAUGAAAAGUGAAAAAACAAGCCAGUAUGUUACAGCAGAAUCGAGCAUUAUUGCCAAACUGGAGACCGUCAAAAAUAAAAUGUAUAAUAUUGGA